GAGAGAGCCGGGGUGAUUGCCGGCAUCGUCCCCGAUGCACCGGGUAUGUAAGUAAGUUUACCUCAGCUCGGAAAUUCCGGCACUGUGGGUUCAUUCAUUACGCAGCGUCCACACCGCUGGUAUUCCACCGCACAUUCUGGCCGCAUGCACUUGCGGCAGGCGCAGGCACUGUUCCAGAUCACAGACCGAUUGAAGUGGGACAAUGGAGAGAUGUCCAUUGCCAUGCCAUGGUGGGUGACAUUUGUUUUCUUGUCGCGACUCGUGUACCGUAGGCGCUGCUGGUUUGGUCUGUUCCGGUCCGGUCCGAUUUGAUCCAGCUUCUCGAUUCUGGGUCCUGGAGCGACCUGGAGUGAUCUGAAGCGGGGAGCUGUUGAAGAUGCUUAGUGGUUUCUGAGAGGUCGAGUCGCCAGUUAGGGGGGUGAGUGGGCGGGGGGAAGGGCGCGUUGUACUUCGCCACUUCUGAAUCAACACUUGCUUUUUUCGCCCCUACUUUCCUUUCAUGCUGUCGUAUGUUGCGCUUCUACGUUAACUGCCAUGAUCGUGUCCUGGUACCCUAGAUUGUGAGCUACCGUGUAAGAAAAAACAAUAGUAACUUAUUGCGACGGUCGGUCAGUAGCUGGGAUCCUUUCGUGCAAUCCCUUGGUGGCCGCAGAUAACAUGGGCCUUGUCCGGCUCUGGAUCUAGAAAUCCAAGGAGAGUGGCAUGCAACAGAGAUUGCAUAGGAUAGGUGACGUUUCUGCGGGACCAAUCACGAGCUUGUUGCUAGUAGGGUGGGUUUUCCUCGAGUCCCGGUAGUCGUCAAGUUGCAGUUUUCCAGUUGUGUUAGUCCAGGUUUUGUCUGGACCAGUUGGGGUUUGAAGCCUUUGCUCGAGGCUUGCCGUUCGCUACACGCACCAGUUUAGUGUGUACUGUAGAAGCUUUCUGGCAGCAUACUAAUUGAGGACCAGAUAUUCCAUAUUCCGAUAGUGCAGGGUACUGAAGUUUUCCUGGACUAUUCUUUGUGGGCGGUUCUGGAACCCUACUCCGGUGGUUCAAUAUAAUAUUUCUGUCUCUCUCAGGCUGCUCUGAUGCUUUUGAGCUCUGCUAGUGCAUCACAAGGUGACUCCGAGCUUGUGGUUCUCUGCUUCUGUAGCGCCAAUUGUUAUGUGCUCUUGGUUCGUGGUAUUUGGAAAUUAGAGCCGUGUGACUUUACGCUGUAGAACUCCUUGCUCGCUUCGUCACCUGUGUGUCAUCGCGCCGUCAACUACAAGAUCAUAGUGCUCUUAAGUUUGGUACUGCAUGAUGCUCGACGCGGUUGCAAGAUCAGAUGGCGCUUUAAUAUUAUGUCUGGGUCAAGUCUGAAGCUUAUGCUGGUCCAGUUGAGGUGCGUGUUCUCAAAUUUUCAGGUUGUCUCUCUUGCUGAUUUGAACAGUGGGGGUAUGUAGUUCUAAGUGGCUACUUUGCUCGUUUCAAAUGCUUAGAUGAGUUGCACGAUGGGCAUGUACAAACUUAGUGCGUUGCACACCGGCGUGUAUCCAGCGCUUGCAGCUUUUACCGCAACCACCUGUUCUUAGCUUCUCUGCCUGGGUCCCACCUAUUGUACUGUAAUAACGCAGCGACGCGUAACUCAGGGAGCUGGCGGCAUAUUUACAUUGCACGUCCAAUGACACCGUCCCCCAUCGUCACAAGCGCCAUGCAUUCUGACUUACACCAAUCUGCGUGGUCAGCUCCUCGUCUUGCCUCACUUCUUAUCUCUGGAACUUAAACACUUUUUAUUUUAUUUUUAUUUUUACCCCUUCCCAUUAGCGCCUUUAGGUUAGAUAAGUAUGAAGAUUAGAAAGCAAGUACAAAAGGUAUUGGACCUGGAAUCAGCGGGAGGCUCCCCGCUGCUGGAGACUUCGGAAGGGGACAGGUUUUCCAGACAGAUUUCAUUGGAGACUGAGAACGGGGGUAGAUUACUGCUGGGGAAGUCUCUUUUUGGUGAUUCCAGUCCUCCAACCAAGCAGAUAGACGCUCGGACGACGUCGACUUCGCAGGAUGGAGCACUGGGUUGUCACCAAGGUCCUGCUAAUAAUUUGGUGGGAGAGGCAGACAUGGGCGCUCAAGGAUCACCCUCAGAAGGUGAUCAGACGCAUGAGUCUCUGGAACAGUCCAACUCAGGAUCCUGCGGGGACUGGACACUGGAGCAGGAUCACAAUUUAAAUACCAGGAGGAAGUAUGCACGGCGUAGUUCACGAAGUGCAGGUGGUGGCACAUUAGUAGUGCAGUCUGGAAACGGUUACAGCAACGGGAAUGUGGUUUUUGCUUCCCAUGCUGCUAAGGUUACGCAGAGGAGAUGUAAUCCCAGCAGAGGUGAACCUCGUUGUCGAAGUGAACAUCCUAGCCACCCGUUGCAGGAACCAGAAGGGUCAUUGCUACAUUGCUUGUAUCUGCAGCUCUUAGCAGCUGACAAGGAAGGCAUGACUUUGAAGGAAAUUUUUGCCAGCUUUGCGACGCAGACAAGAUUUUCCAGCCUUGGGAGGAACUGGAGGGAGCGUGUGAAGGAUUAUCUCAAAAGCAGUCCCUACUUCAGAUUGGGAGCGAAGGCUCGUUAUUUUCUCUGUGAAACGCCUCAAAAAGUCCCUAAGGCUUCGAAAUCUGGUGCUGAUGGUCAUGUGGCGGACUUAUUUGAUCUCAACGAAGAACCCAAAGCCUCUCGGAGAUUGGCUUCUGCAGAUUCCAAGUCUAGACAGGUUGAUUGCGACACCGUUCUGUCAAGUCUGGAUCCAUCUGUGGUCAACAAUGAGCUUGAAGGAGUACAGACCAGGAGAAAAGCUUACGAAAGGACCAUUGAGGCGGUGUUGAAUGAGUCGGUUGUGGAGUUUCAGAAGACGCAAAAGGUUGAAGAAAUUUGUGAGGAUCGAAGCACAGACGAACUGUCAACCGCAUCCAAAUCAGAUGUUCGUAUGGCAACCCCCGCAGAGGCAGAGCCAGCAUCCGCAUCAAUUCGGGAGUCCAAGAAGAGGAAGUCUCUAAUUCAUGGCGAUGGCCUUGAACCAAGCAACGUCCGUUUUAUUGCGGGAGCUGUUCCAGGGUCGUUGAAGGCAAUGCAGGCUAGGAUCGUAGCGGAGCAAGGGGUUCAGAACGGAGUGAGAUGCUCCAGAAAGGAUGGCAGCAACAAUCAUUCCAAGUGGCAGUGUCCAAUGAUGGCCAUGGAAGGUAAAUCCCUCUGCAAGCACCACAAUUUUCUGAGUGAGAGAAAGAAGGCCCGCUACAAAAAUGCGAAACGCCAGGCCGCAGGGAAACAUCCUCUACAGGAAAAUAAGCUGGAAAGAGGGACACGAAAAAAUCCUGUGAUGGACCAGCUACACGACCUUAACAAACCAGCUGGAAACUCCAUUGACAAAGGAGAACACGGUACCCAGAUUGACGAGGCUUCCGCGCCAGCUCCUGUGAAUAAGAGCAAUGUUGGUUCCACUGAUCGGAUUAUCAGAACGAGGAGUGAUGCCCAUAAUAAUGGUUCACUGGCAGAUAGCAACAACGUUCAAUCCACAGAGGACAUACACUCCGAAGCAGAGGGAGGUCAGGCAUUGUUAAAGUCCAUGGCAGAGCUUGGUCGACAAUCCCGAAGCACACGCAAGCCGAGAAUGUACCUCGCUGCCAAAAAGACUGCCGAGAAGACUACUAUGGUUGCUCCUGCGCCGGGAAAGUCCGUGAAGAAGCAGAGUGUGCCAUUGAUACGCCCGCCCUCUAUUCCUCCAUUGCCAAUGCUAUAUGGAGUGAGAAGGAAAUCAAUGAAAAACAGGUCCCAGAUAGCUUUGUAGUCAUUUGUCUUUAGGAUUUUAUAACGAUUUUGCUUGUUAGGUUAGGCUGUCUACUUUUCUCUUACAGACCGCUUCAACCUCUUCCGGCAGGCAGAUUGUAGUCCCAGUGCUUUAAUCUGAGGCAGGUUCUCUCGGACUAGCAAUGUAACAGGUAAAGGACCUACUAUUUUUCAUGUGGACUGAUAUAUUUGUUCUUGAGUAUGGUGGGUGCACCAGUUUUAGUUGGGAUACCCUUGCUCCAAGACAUACACCCAGACAGCAAUUUCUUAUAAGAAACGGACACAUGUUUUUUCUCCUAUGUUCUUAAAUUGGCCCAACAUUCCUGGGACCCGUGAAAUCGAUUUUUUAGUCUUGGAA